CGAUACUGCUCUUGCCGCUUGGCACUCCACCCACACGCAGCGAUCGUAUCAUGCCGGCCUCCGCCGGAAGGGUGCGAAUGCCCCACAACAACCGCAUGUGCACGUCGGACGCCCUCAGAACCCACGGCAUCUGGUCCAAGACCAUCGGCGGGGGCAACCACGACAACGGGGAGGAGGAAGACACCCCGGCCAGGAAAGCCGAGACGGCCGAGAAGGUCCGGAACGUCAUGGAACUGGCCCGGACGCAGAACGUCACGGACGGGGCCGACCGGGAGGGCUUCACCGCAAAGCUCUACCUGGGGCUGAAGCGGGGGAAGGUCCGGAGGAGCGGGGGGAAUCUUGUGGGGGGCAUCGGGGGUGGCCACGGAAGCAUGGAUCCGGGCCUGCGCCGGCUCCUGGACGAUCCGGACAGCAGCAGCGAGGAGGAAUUCGUCGAGGAAGAAGAGGAGGAAGACCAAGGAGAAGGGGACGGCGACAAGAAACCGUCCGCAAAGGACCGCAAGCGAUCCGGGUCCAAACGAAGGGACGAGCAAGAACGCAGAAAAAAGAAGAGAAAACGGCGCAGGAAGAAACGCCACCGCCGCCGUUCCGGGGGCAGCGAUUCCGACGAAAGCAGCAGCAGCAGCAGCAGCAGCAGUGAUUCCGGCUCGGAGUCCGAUUCCGAUUCCUCGGGGCGCGACCGGCGGAGGAGACGAAGGCGGCGGAGGCACGAAUCGUCGAGGCGAAGCAGAUCCGGGAAGAGCCGGAAGGAUUCCUCGAGGAGAAGGAGGACCAGGAGCAAGAGGCGYGACCGGGACCGCGAUUCGUGCAGCGAGAGCGAGAGCGGCUCCGGAAGCAGAAACCAGAGGCGGCGUAAGGAAGCGCGGACGCGGGGGGAGCCCUCCCCCGGCGGUGGUGCGGGGGAACCGGCGGGAAGAAGGAAAACGGAGGACGAGAGCAAGCGCCACGGCGAGAACUAGCUAGUGGGCCGCGGCCAUGGACGAAAAAGAAAAGCGCGUGUGUCCACGAGCCGGAACCCGUGCUCCUUGCCACAAUCGGGUGKCGGAUGCGAUCGACCCCAUUGCCUGCCAGCAUACGGUGGCUACGGAUCGACCAAGCCAUGCCAUGCCAAGCCAUGCCAUACAUACAUACAAACAUACAUACACAGCGUGCACCGUACGUACUCGUAGAAAAAAAUAUAUGAAAACGAUCUUA